AUGCGCGAAAUGCCUCAUGGGAACACUGAGGAUCAACCCGGAGAAACAGAAUGGCGGCACACUUCAUGUGUGCUGCUGCUGGCACUUUUAGGACACUUUCAACAAAUGUCUGUUUCGAACAUGUUGUAAAACUGUUUAGUCUUCGAAUUCAGACGCGCGGGUAUGCUGCUAAAAAAGUCGCUGCGAAAGGAAAAUCAAAAGGCAUGGUUAAAGAGGUUCUUAAAGGCCCAGAAGUGUGUAAGGAUCCAGUGAGGCUGACAUCUCAUGCUGUUGGAGUCAACAUAUUUAAGCAGGAAGAGGACCCUCCUCUACGACCCCAUGAGGAGUACCCUGCCUGGUUGUUUCAGUUGAACCUGGGUCCUCCAAAGAAACUGACUGAGCUUGACCCAGAAAGUUAUGAUUGUUUGAAGCGGUUGAGGAAAGAGCACAUAUGGCGUUCCAAUAAGUUACAAAAAAGCCAGAAGUUUUAGAAGACUGGCUCUCCUGCUUCACCUCUGGAGACCUGCUUGUGAGAUGCACUUAAUUGGGACACCGAGGAGGGGGAUCUAGACGCAUCUCUGGUGGCACAACAUGCCACUACACCGGCUUCCCAAUUUCUGCCAUCAUCUCCGCAGCUGUGGCAUGUACAGCUGUUUCAUAUAACCCGAAUAACACAUCCAGGAUGAGUUUCUGCAGCAAAUGGACUUUUUGGUACAAAAUUGACUAGAGGAUCUGUCAGAUGUAAUUUUCUUCCCAUGGCAGCUGCAAGUGACUUUUUUUUUUUUUGUUUGUUUUGCAUUUUUAUGAUUUAAAUGAAGACGAUGUAUAAUAAAAACG